AUGUCUCAGUAUCCAAAUUUCCCCGACCGCAACACCUUUCUCAACCUCAAAGGCAAAGUCGUCGUGGUGACUGGUGGCGCAAGUGGCAUUGGGGCGGCUCUUGUCACGAUCCUCCAUCAUCAUGGCGCAUACACCGUGUUCGGCGACAUCAACCGUGCUGCUGGCGAGGUGCUCGUAAAGACCCUCCUUCCCAAUAGCCAGAGCCAGAGCACAGACACUAGCAGCGCCAACGGCAGCGACGGCGUACUCACAUUUCUGCCUUGUGACGUCUGCAACUAUAGCGACAUCUACGCGCUCUUCCGCACCGCACACGACGAGCAUGGUCGCGUGGACCAUGCGGUCUUCUGCGCCGGCAUCGUCGACAGCCCAACAUCAUCGUACUUCGAUGCCGCUUUAACAAUCGACAGUGUCGGCAAGGAACACGGCGACACGCGCACACUCGAUGUCAACUUCUUCGCCACCUGCGCUUUUGCUCGGAUAGCAUUACCGUUCUUGCGACGGGGGCCAGAAGGAGAAGCAAGACUGCCUAACCGCGCCACUGCCACUGGUUCCUCCGAUCGAAGUCUGACUUUCCUCUCCAGUGUGACGGGUUUCCGCGAUGCGCCGGGCAUGUUUCUCUACCAGACUUCGAAACAGGCGAUCUUGGGCCUGAUGCGAGCAAUGCGCACGGUCAUCUUCGGCCGCGACGGCAUCCGCAUCAACGCCGUGUGUCCAGGCAUGACGGAGUCGCCUAUGACAAGUGCAAUUGGACUGAUUGACUUGUUCAAAUAUAGGGAGUUCAAAUCAAGUGCACAGUUGCCUUCGCAUUACCAGUCGUCAGAGGCUGUUGCGGAACAUAUCGCCUCUGUAAUGCUGGCGGAGGGCCUGAAUGGGAAGAGCAUCUACGUUGAAGAAGGGAAGGGGUGGGAUUUUGAAGAUGGGUUGGCAAGGGAGAUGCCGCGGUGGUUGGGCGAGGAGCCGACUCGAUGGUCGGAUGAGAACUUGAGAUUCCUUGGGAGUUUCGGGGGGCUUUGA